AUGAUUGCGAUUUACUACAAAGCCUCUAUCAAAUUACAAAAAUAUUUAUUGUCACAACGAAUUCUAAAUUUGGAAAUUAAGGUGGAAGAAAUCGAGAAGGAGCUCGGGAAGCAAAAAGAGCUAACGGGCGUGUACAAGACGAAACUAGAAAAUGCAAAACUCUUCCUCAAACAUUGUGUUCAAGUGGCACAAGACAAUGGUUUCUUGGACCUAAUACUAGACAAGGGAAAAUACCAAAUCUCUCCGACGUUAACACGAGCCAGUGUUAGCCCAUUGAUAGCUAAUACGGGUCAAUUCCACCCCGAGCUCGCCCCAAUCGUGCACCAAGCCGAAAUCAACGGAUGGUACAUCGAUCCUCAAGAGAUAGAGAUGCUCCAUCUAUCAGCCCAUGGCAGCACUGCAAACAUCUACAGAGCCAAAUGGAGAGGCCUCGACGUUGCUGUCAAGUGCAUGUACCCCGACUUCUUCCGAUCCAACGAGAAUGGGGUCAGCUUCUUCGGACAGGAAGUCGAGACACUGUCGCGCCAGCGCCACCCUUUCGUCUUGCAGCUGAUCGGGGCGUGCCUCGACCCGCCAGAGAACUGCUGGAUUGUGACGGAAUUCAUGACGACGGACUUGAAAGAAUGGCUCCACGGCCCCGGGAAGAGGGGCAAGGAGAGAUCCAUGCCUCUUCCGCCGUUGAAGGAGAGGAUCUCGAAAGCUCUAGAAGUUUCUCAAGCGAUGCAGUACUUGCACGAGGGAAAGCCCAAGAUUCUUCACCGUGAUCUCAAGCCUAGUAACAUUUUCUUGGACGAUGCUUCGCAUGUUAGAGUUGCCGAUUUCGGACACGCCCGGUUCUUGAUGGAGGGCGAGAUGGCGAUGACCGGAGAAACGGGUACAUUUGUGUACAUGGCGCCCGAGGUGAUAAAAUGUGGGCCGUACGAUGAGAAAUGUGAUGUUUAUAGCUUUGGAAUCAUACUCAAUGAAUUAAUCACCGGCGAGUACCCUUACAUCGACACCGAAUUCGGCCCUUCUAUUAUAGCAAAAGAAGUUGCAGAAAAUGGGCUUAGGCCCAAAAUUGCAGAAGUAGAAGAGCAAUUGGAAGGUUUAGUUGAACUAAUUACAAAAUCAUGGCAUCAACAUCCUCAAAUUAGACCCAUUUUCUCAGAAAUUACAUCUGUUUUGAGAAUUCUAGAUAUGAGACUCAGACACAUUAAUUAG